AUGAAUUUAGCCAUUACUCAGACCAGCAGUAGUUCUCAAAGAAGAGGACCAUUCUCCUCUUUCAGACCACCUCAGACCAUGACAACGCACCUUAUCUCCAACAUCACCAACUCUGGAACAAACAAUAUUACUGACACAGCCAUGAGAAGUAGUGCUGGAACGAUCACAGUGGCUCUGGUUCUCUGCAUUUUUCUACCUAUUGGCAUCUCUGGGAAUCUGCUGAUCAUCUGGAGCAUCCUGGCUCGAACCCAUCAGCGUUCCAUCACCACUCUCCUGAUCUUAAACCUAGCCUUCGCGGAUGGAUUCCUGAUGUUUUUAUUGCCAUUCUUCAUUGUUUAUUUGAUAAAACACACUUGGAUUUUUACCCUACCGCUGUGCAAGAUACUGUUGUACCUCUGCAGUGCUAACAUGUACGCGUCAGUAUUUUUGAUAACACUAAUGAGUCUGCACAGGAUGGUGGCUAUAGUAUGGCGGAAACAUGCUGGGGCCCUUACAGAGCGGAGAACAAUCAUUAAGAUGUUGGUGGGAGUGUGGAUCCUUUCUCUUGGGGUGUCAGUGCCUUAUUCGGUUUUCUGGACUACUUUCAGGGAAGAGCAAGAACCAGCAAUUGUAGUUUGUGCUUGUAAACAUCUACGACCACAAGAUGUGAUAAUUCAGCACUGUUUGGAAAUUCUGCUGGCAUUCUUGAUCCCAUAUGGAUUGAUCUUAGGCAGCUACGUAUGUAUCCUACGGAGAAUUCGCAAGACCAGAUUUCGUAGGCACAUCCGAAGUGAGAAACUCAUACUGGUUAUUGUCACUGUCUUCGGCCUGACCUGGCUACCUUUCCACAUCAUAAAUAUGGUGGAGGUGGCUGCUGCUUUUUUCCCAGAGGAUUCACCAACAAAAGUCAGACUCAAUCGAAUCUGGUCCACUUUUCGUGGCUUUGCCUCCAUAGUCACAUUCAUCAGCAGCUCUGUAAACCCUGUCCUUUACACUUUUGCUGGAAAGUCUUUCAUUAAGCGUGACGGCCUGGCCUUCAUGGCACGGCUGUUUGAGAGCUCAAGGAUCGAGUCCACUCGAAAGAAUCGGCAGAGUUACAGAAACGGAGAGCAGGAGAAGAAAGAAGAGGUUGACCACGUUCUAGAAAGAGUCUGA